AAUUAUGAAGUACUUAUCCAUUGAGACUUGUGCUCUAUCUCCUAAUUGAGAUUCUAAAUAUCAUAACGCUAUCUUUUUAGAGGUAAGUAGUGUAACAGUGCGCCAUGGUUGUCGCUAAGAUUACUUAUAGGGAUAAGCAUUCGCAUCUACACACUACUACAUACUAAAAAAAAAAACAAAUUAGAAUCGCGCGGGUAUUUUUAUAUGCUUUACCAUAAAAAACAUCAGUGACCGAUAGUUGGCGUUGUCGCAGGUUUAUUGAGUAACUUAUUAGUUUUUUUUCAGUAUGUAAGUGCACCUUUUUGCUGCCGCCUCUAGGCACCCACGCUUUUCGCUAGCCUCUAUUAUUGUAAGUUGUUUUCCACAAAUCCAGACUCGAUACGGAUACUGUACCGAAGAACUCAUAUUAGAAUUUGAAUUAAACACGGUAGCCGUAUGCGUACAAAUCUCUUGUUACCCUUACAGUACAGGUACGUGCAUAACUACUUAUAUGGGGAACAUAACCAUUUCAAAACGGGAUUCUAAUUAUUAAAUAUAUUGAAAAAUAAAUAUUGUUAUGUACCAACAUAAUAUUAAUAUAAAUGAUUGUAAUUACAAGGUCGUGAGAAUCUGACCUUUGUAUUAUGUUGUUUAGGCCAAAAAUUUCAUAGGUAUAAAAACUGUCAGAUACCUAUAAUCCUUGAUAUGAUAAUAUCGAGACAUUUCUAAAAGCCUUUGGAAUUCGUAGUUAUGAUUUUUGUAUAACGUUAAUUUUUUUUUAACGAUUUUAUAACUACGGAAUGUACUAAUUUUGGGGCCGUAAUACAAUUCAACACAAUUUGAUUCUUUUAUAUGUAAAAUGAAAGCAAUAAUUCGUCAAGCCGUGCAUCGUAGCACGACACAUCGUGUAGUGUUUAUUUAUUGCGUGGUGUAUCGUGCUGGAAACGUACCGUGACCUAAACGGACGUGGAGUUUGCGACUACUACUAAACGCAACAACACUAACGGUGCGCCUACUGAUUUAAUUACAGCAAAAUAAUUACAUUUAUUGCUAUUAUGCUCGGAAAGGCGUUUAUGAUAAUUUUAUUAUUCUAAUAAUGUAUAUAAAGAGCGUCAAUUAUUACAGUCUAUUGUUAACGGUAGUCAUUGUGAAGAUAAAGUAUUUACUAAUAGUAGGUAUGUUGUGGCAAAUAGUAGUGUUGUUGGUUUUACUAUGGAUCUACUACGGUCAUCACAAAAACCGAAGAUUUAUACAGUUUUCAAAAUGUUUCAAGAAUGAUUACAAAACUUUGCCUCUGAUUGGACACGCCUAUUUAUUUUGUGGUGAUGGAGAAGUUCGAAUGACGGCAUUCCAGUUGUUGGGUCGACAGGCCCUAAAGCAUGGUGGUGCUGCCGGCGCGUGGUUCUGCAGGAAGUUUUACGUGGUGAUAACGGAUCCAGUAGAUUUGGACGUAGUGAUGAAGACUAGUUUUGAGAAGGCAACAAUAAUGCAAUUCGCACGUAAUUUAAUCGGCAACGGUUCGAUAUUUGCUCCAGUUCCAAUAUGGCGCCCACGACGCAAGGUGCUCGCCCCGACGUUCAGUCUCAAGAACCUUAACAAGUUCAUGAAAAUAUUUAAUCACCAAAGCAGAAUCAUGGUAGACAAACUACAAAAACAAGUCGGUGCUGGACCCUUCUCGAUUUGGGGGUAUACUUCCACCUUCACCAUGGAUGCUAUAUCCGAAACUGCACUCGGUGUUAAAUUAAAUGCCCAAUCUCACUCGGACCAGCCAUUCUUAACAGCGAUGGAUAGGUGUUUGUAUUUAAUUACAAUGCGGAUGGUCCAACCGUGGUUGCAUUUCAAAUUCAUCUUGUCUAAGUUACCAUUAUACAAGGAGUUCAAGACAUGCAAGAAGAUCGUUUAUGAUUUUAUUGAUGAGAUAAUUGUUUCGAAACGCAAAACAAUGAAAGGAAACAUCAAUGACGAAUCUCAAGAAGAGCAAGAUGAUGGAAGAUGGAAAACCCUAUUGGAGUUGUUCAUAGAAAGUUCUGGAGGUUACACUGACGUGGAGUUGCGAGAAGAGAUUUUGGUUAUACUGACUGCUGGUACAGACACCUCCGCUGUGGGCAUCUCUUUUACACUACUAAUGCUGUCCAGACAUCUUGAUGUGCAGGAGAAACUUUAUCAGGAAUUGCAACUUGUUUUCGAGAAUUCAGAACGACCUGUAGAGACGGAAGAUUUUCAUAAAUUAAAAUAUUUAGAUGCUGUAAUAAAGGAAACUAUAAGGCUUUACCCACCUGGGCCGAUAAUGGACCGGUACAUAGAAAAAGAUCUCAAAUUACCAUCAGGUCAAACUUUAUUAAAAGGCUGUGGGGUGAUGGUGAACGUAUGGGCGGUCCACCGCAACACUAAGUAUUGGGGAGAUGACGCAGAAGGCUUUAGACCAGAGCGCUUCUUCGACUCCCCACCAAAGCAUCCAGCCGCGUUCCAGGCUUUCAGCUACGGACCGAGAUCUUGUAUAGGUUCCCAAUACGCGAUGAUGUCAAUGAAGACCGCUGUUAUAUAUCUGAUGCGAAAAUUCAGGUUCCUGCCAAUUGGCGACAGGAAUCACCAGGACGCACCAAUACGCCUCACAUAUAGUAUAAUGAUGAAGGAUGUAGAUGGGUUUAUUGUUCAGCUUGAGAAAAGGAGUUAAUAUUUUACGAUUAGUUAAUUUAUACAAGAUUAAUUUUUGUAUACCAUAAACCCGAAACACCAUAAGAUUAUAAAAGUUUAUAGAUCACUUAAAAAAAAAUUCACGUCGAAUUGAUAAC